AUGAACCUUCCGAUGGACAGUCUGAACACCAUCAUCGCCAGCUUGAGUGGUGUUUGCAACCCGAUCAUCACAAAGAUGUACCAACCCGCCGGUGGAGUUCCUGGUAGAAUGCGCGGUGGUGUGCCAGAAGGUGGCACCCACAGUGGUGGUGCUGGUGGACGAACUCUCGGAGCAGUUGAGAAUGGUAAUCAGUUUUUCCUAGAUGAUCUGCAUUAA